AUGCAUUCAAUUCGACGUGCUUCAUUUCAUGGCUUAGGCCUUCAAUGUGCAGGAACAGGAAUACGAUCCGCUUCACGCGUCCCAACACAGUUCACUCGACUAACACAGCCGAUCCGAAAGAGUAGCUCAGCAUCGCCCGCAAAGGCCCUGCAGGAGCGAGUGCAGCAGAUCAAAGAUGCCUGCGCAGACCCAUACCCUCGUCUCGCAGUGGACACACGCACAGUGAGCUGCGCCGAGGUCCGCUCACGGUAUAGUGAGCUCGCCGACAAUGAGACAGUAGAAGACACAGUCGUCGUCUCCGGAAGGAUACGUACCUAUAGACUCGCGGGAAGCAAAUUGAUCUUCUUCGAUAUCGUGCAAGACGGCCAUAAACUCCAAGUGAUGUGCAACAAGCGCCAAUUGGAGAGUAUUCAACCGGCAGAGUUCAAGAAGUUCUAUCGUCUUCUCCGUCGCGGCGAUGCCUACUCUAUAACUGGUAAACCGCACCGCACCGGUCGAGGUGAGCUCACGAUCGACGUGAGUGAGUUGCCGCAGCUGCUGUCGCCAUGUCUGCAUGAUGUCCCCGUUGACGCGCACACAACUGAGGACAAGACCUCGCCAUAUCCUCGCCAUGUUCAAUUUCUGGCGGACCCUGCGACUGCGGAUAUUAUUCGGGCUCGCUCGGCUAUCACGCAGUAUCUGCGCCAGUUCCUGGUCGAUAAGAGCUUCAUGGAAGUCAACACACCUAUCGUUGGUUCUGUAGCGGGCGGUGCGAUCGCUCGUCCGUUCUAUACUACUGCCACCGAGUUCUCGGAUCGUCAGCUGUCGCUGAGAAUCGCUCCAGAGCUGUGGCUCAAGAGGCUCGUUGUCGGUGGAUUUGACAAGGUGUUUGAGAUUGGGCCCUCGUUCCGGAAUGAAGGCCUAGACAAAACCCACAACGCCGAGUUCACAACCUGUGAAUUCUACCAGGCGUAUGCCAACCUCGAGAAUCUCAUGAGCAUGACCGAAGACUUCCUCUCCGGGAUAGUCGCCCAUAUCCGCACCAUGAACGAGAGCAAGGGCACUCUCAAUCCCACCACCGCAAACUUCACGGCCCCAUUCCGCCGAAUCGACUUUAUUCUCGGGAUCGAGCAAGGCAUAGGCCGUAAACUGCCGGACCUUGAAGUGCCCGGUGCCCUCAACGAAGUCCUCGCCAUUUUCACCGACCUCUCCCUUUCCCUCCCCAGUAACCCAACCCUCCCACGCCUCCUCGACGAACUGUGCAGCAUCUACGUCGAACCACUUUGCAAGGACCCGACCUUCAUCAUAAACCCACCUGAAAGCCUCUCCCCACUCUCCAAAUCCUUUAUCCACCCGGAAACCAACCAGCGCGUCGCUGCCCGCGGCGAGCUCUUCAUCGAAGGCAGGGAACUUGUGAACAUGUACGAAGAAGAGAACUCACCUUUCGACCAACGUCGCAAAUUCGAGGACCAGUUGCGAUUCAGCAAGGAUGCCGGUGAGCCUGGUGAGAUUGACGAGAGUUAUCUCGAAGCGCUGGAGUGGGGGCUACCCUCUACCGGUGGAUGGGGCUGUGGUAUCGACCGUCUCUGUAUGCUGCUGACGGGCGCUAAGCGCAUUAGCGAUGUGUUGCCGUUUGGCAAUCUGAGGGCUGUGACGAGACGCUCUAGUGAAUGA